GUGGCAAUGCAACAGUAGCGGCCUCGUAUAGGCCAGCGGUCCGAUUGCCACCGGUCGAGCUAAUCCGCUUGUUGCCACCUCUGUCGCCGAUGUAUCCACUUGUGACCAGCGGAAUGCAACGACCGGCAAGACCAGGAGCGCCUGCUCAUGGAUUUUUCCCGAAUAGUUUUGGCAAUCAAAGACAAGUUCACGAUUCCGCUACAGUUUAGUA